CGGCAGCUCCCGUGUGUCCCUGAGCCAUGGCGCGCACGAAGCAGACGGCGCGGAAGUCGACGGGCGGCAAGGCGCCCCGCAAGCAGCUGGCCACCAAGGCUGCCCGCAAGAGCGCGCCGGCCACGGGCGGCGUCAAGAAGCCGCACCGCUACCGGCCCGGCACGGUGGCGCUGCGCGAGAUCCGGCGCUACCAGAAGUCCACGGAGCUGCUGAUCCGCAAGCUGCCCUUCCAGCGCCUGGUGCGCGAGAUCGCGCAGGACUUCAAGACCGACCUGCGCUUCCAGAGCUCGGCCGUCAUGGCGCUGCAGGAGGCCAGCGAGGCCUACCUGGUGGGGCUCUUCGAGGACACCAACCUCUGCGCCAUCCACGCCAAGCGCGUCACCAUCAUGCCCAAGGACAUCCAGCUGGCCCGCCGCAUCCGCGGAGAGCGCGCCUGAGCCCCUGCCCCGGGUGCUCUCCGUGUGAUCCUGACUUUUCUCCACACCCUAAAGGCUCUUUUAAGAGCCACUACAUGGCACAAGAGAGUUGAAACACUGCUUUCCUUAUACUUUCUUAAAAGUCAAUAAUUCUGACAUUCUUGAAGGUAAUUGCAUUUCCAAUGUAAGCAUGCUAGCAAUUUUAAGUCCUUAAGCUGCUUUCCCAUUUUAGGCAGUGUUGCAUGCUGUUUUAGUGAGGUGUUUCCUAAUGCCCAUUGACCUGUACAGAGUAAUUUGCACAAAGCAGAUUAGUGUUCAAAUACAGCAACUGGAAAAUAUACUAGGGCAGACAGCCUACAUGUAUUUUUCCCUGCCCCUUUUCCUUCCCCCCACCCCCAACUUGAUACAUUCUGUAGAACAGCCUAUUUGGAAUAGUCCAGGUUCGCUUUGAAGCAUAGUGGAAGGUAUAACCUGAGUUAGCACUGGAAGAAAAACAUCAAGUUUCAAACAGCUUUUUAUUAACUAUUAUACUCUUAUCGUUGCUUUUACUGUGGUAUACUCCUGAAAUUUUAACUGCAUAUCAGCUGUACCUCACAUAACUAACAACAGGAGUGCUAAGCAAGAAUUUA